UUGUUUCUGCUCUGCAUAGACCAGCAGCCUGCUUCUCUCUGUAUCUACUCUGUUCUUUGUAUCUGAAUUAUAUCAUGUGAAAGCCUGUUUUUUCGUCGUCUCGCUGCGGAUUUAUCCCCGCGUCGGCCGACUAUGGGCAUGGUUUUUAUAUGGGGGCACACUGAAAGCAAUUACAGUUGGCCUUUAUGAAGGGGCCAAAACUGAACAAAUUUGUGCCAUGUGGAGCCCAAGGAGAAAGAAACGAUCGCGUGGAGCUCCAGGGAAACUUUCAGGAUUGCCGGCACAGUUUUGGCCUUUUAUUAUUCAGGUAAGCUUCCGUCACUGUAUGCAAUAUAUGCAUGUAUGUUACCUGCUCUCCCUGUGUCCCGGCACCUUCAGUUUGGCUGUUUACUCUGCUCCCUGCGUCGAGCACCUGAAGAAUGGAUCACAUGAAGAGGUUCUCCGGCAUGGCGAGGGGCACACCCGCGUCGGCUCUGGUGCGGAAGGACGAAGACGAGAGCCUGGUUCUCUUUGGGGAACUGUACAGGCAUGAUCAGGAGAAGGAGGUGAACCUCCUUGACCCAAUGUACUCCGUGGAGUUUGAAGCCAUCCAAGGUGACCGCCGCAUGUUCAAACUCGCCUCGGGGAAGCGAGAUUACCUACUCACAGAUGGCGAAAAGAACGAUUACGAUUGGCUCAAGACUCCUCCGGCCACCCCGCUGUUCGCUUCCCUUGAGAUGGAAGCUGAUUCCGCCCAAAUGGUUUUCCAGAGGGAGCUGCCUAUCCUUCAACCAGUUAAAACUUCAAGGUUCUCAGGAAAGUUCGAGGCACCCAGCAGCACAUCAGCGAAGUCCGAAUCUCCUACAACGUCCAGCUCCUCGAAGUCUGCCACUCCAACGACGAGACCCAGCUCUUCGUCAGAGAAAAACCUCAGCACCAGAGGAUCCCCUGCCUUCUGCAACCAAGAGUCCCCAUCUUACAAAAUAGACAAGAGAUCAAGCUACACACCUCUGGGAAACAGGCUGCAGAAUGCAGUGGCAGCUCCUACAACAGACACCAAGGCAGCUAAGAAAACCUCGUCAGACAAGAAGACCGUAGCCCCAGGCAGCACAAAGGCAGCCAAGAACAUCGCGGACAAACCUGCGAUGAAGAACGUCACGGCGGCUGCCCCAAGAGCUCGUACCAAGGACCCUUCGGUUGGUGCAAAGGAUCUGAAGGUCGAUGCUGGCAAUGGUGGUGGCACAAGAAGAGUGUCGGUUGGUGCAAAGGAUCUGAAGGUCGAUGCUGGCAAUGGGGGCGCCACAAGAAGAGUGUCGGUCGGUGCAAAGGACCUGAAGGUCGAUGCCGGCAAUGGGGGCGCUGCAAGAAGAGUGCCACGUCAACCGGCUGCAGCAACAGGCAUCGGCAAAGACCCCUCUUCAGUGCCGGCAGCGGCAAGAGGAAGGAGCAGAGGUAACCAUGAGCCAGCUACUGGUAAUGGUGUCGAUGCCGCUGACGGGGCUGCGGUGAAGGGGAGGAGGAGAGCAGGCGGGGAGAAGGAGCAGCAGAGGCAACAAAAGGUUGGAAGCCAUGGAAAGAAGCUGGUUGGGUAGCUACCCCGGCCGGCAUUCAGCAUCCUGGCCUGAAUUUUCAGAAAAGAACUUUCCGUUGCCUAAAUUUAUGCAAAGUACUUUUGAUUGAAAGGUUGUUCAUAUUUUGCAAUAGAGAUUUUCACCAUGUAGCUGAAUGGACAGUCUACACGCUGAGUAGCAGAACUGUCUUGUAAUA